UUCGAAAAAUGUAACUGGUUAAAAGACGAAAAGGCGUUGGAAGCUAGUCAGUCUUAACAACCUGGGUUAAGUAAACCGAAAAUCAUUCUUAUAGGGUGAGAAACAGCUCGUUAUAGUCGCAGCGAGAUAUGGAUACACGCAAAGCUACCGAAUGAAACAAUAGUCCAUGCUGUGUUCCUUUCACAAAGUAAAUGUCAUUACAUUUUGAUGGGAAAAGCUAAAGCUAGAUGGCUAAUAGCUAAAGCUAGGUGGUUAGGUAUGCUAUCAAAGCUAGCUAGCUUUUCAGUAAGUUAGCUUGCUAACAACCCAGAUGCGCUGGUUACCAAACAUUAACACUACUAAGUUAAUGUUAGCUUAAUGACUAAACAUGCUAUGUGUUUUGGUCUGACAAGAUUUAAUACAGAAGGUUGGUACGGACUGAUACAAAAUCUACAUCAUACCAUCACAGGCGAUCCGAAGAGCAAUUCCUGUUUCUUUUGGACGACAUAACGUGAGAAGAAUUGGAGUGCCUGUCAGCAACACGACGCCUCAGUCACGGAAGAGCGUGUGUUUUCUCAGGCAGGCUGCAGUGUCCUCACAACUCCAACUGUUGGACCUGUUGGACUUAUCUCCCAUUUAAGGGAUUAGCUCCAUCUCUCUCACACACUCUUACUAACACACGGACACUCGCCAGGUCCCUAAAGCACCAGGAAUCCUAAGUGCUCCCCACAUUCCCACAAUUUUGAGCCACGGGAAGGAGGUGUCGGAAUGGCUCGGGGUGUUCUCCCAGAAGUGUAUCUUAUCAAGCUGAUUACAUAACCCUACUCCCCGCGACUUGUCCCCCCACCUUCUAAGAGACAACAGCUGGGCUUGACCUAAACACCAAGAGGAAAUCCUCAACCACACCCCAGAGGACUGGCUGUGUGCCACCUUUUGUUUUGUUUGUUUUUUUUGUUUGUUUGUUUUUAACCAAAUUCAAUCUGCCAUCUGUCGCCAUUGUGGAAAAAAAAACUCCUCAGCUUACUCCACGUUUGGGGACAGUGUGUGUCUGUGUGUGCAUUGAGAGAGCUCUCUGUGAGGAAAGAGUGCGUUUGUCACUGAGGGUAGUGGCUGGAGGCUGCCGCCCCUUCCUUUGCCUUCCUCUCUGCCGUCUGCAGCGCAAGCUAUCCUAACCUGUGGGCUCAGCAGGUGUCUGCCCCCUGUGAAGGCUGAAUGGGCAUUGAGGAUCUGUCAGGGCACCUGUGGUUCUCUGCAGAACUCUGGGGCCCUUGCCCACCACAUGCGUCCCCCCCUGUGAGAGCAGCUGCUGUGGGGUUUGUUUAGUAGUCACUGCCCUGCCUGUUGGAUUGGGGAAUGAGUCAUCUUCGGACAAGCAGAACUUGGGAUCGAUCCAGAAGCGAGCUAAAGAAGGACUGGAGUGAAAAGCCCAUCCCUGAACAACCAAAGUCAUCCAUCCUGUUUGUAUCUCUCUUUAUCUAUCUCUCUUUAUCUAUCUCUCUUUAUCUAUCUCUCUUUAUCUAUCUCUCUUUCUUUUCUUUUCUUUGCUCCCCCUCUUCGUCCUUAUAUCCAUCUCCAUUUCACUUUGUCUUUCGUGUACCAAACGUGUUCCUGACGGUCAAAGCCCCAUAACUACAUAGGCCACGUGCUGCUGAUAGCGCCACAGAAGUCUAGCGUUAGCUUUUGUUUUAUCAGCUCCACCAGUUUGGGUCACCCUCUACCUCUGCUCAUCUUGGUACUGUAACACUGUCACACAGCAGAACCAAAUCAACUUGCUCAAUAUUUGUCACUCUAGGUGUGACGCUGACAAUUAAGUUGUUCCAUCUUACUUGCUGAUUGGCAUAGAUUUACUAGAACUUGGAGACCUACUUCCUUGAAAGGAAGAGUGACUCCAUCCAGAAUUUAGGCCUAUGUGAUUUUUCUUACUGACGUUUUGCCUGGGUGUAUCAGUUGUUUUCAUUGUUUUAUUUUUAAAACCAAAUAUUCUAAUUUAAGCCAUAUGGCAAAUCUAUAUUGAUGAAUUGCCGUUGCACUAUUCUUUUAUCACUAAGCCUUUUUUUGCUUUUAUCUUGCAUUAUUUAGUGCAUUUGUCACCAAAAAAAUCAGUUUGUGUCAAGUAUAUCAGCCAUUAAAGCAGCUCCACUAUCUUCCACUUAUCCUCUGAUCAACUCCCUGUAAAGCUGUACAUUUCAAAAGACAAAUCCAAUAUCUAGCUAAUCCAAGGAGAAGUGCUGCCUCAUACAACUCAUACAUGUUUGGGGCAUUUUUAUUUUUCAAGUAAGUGCCCGGACCACAACUUUGAUAUUUAAAGAGGAGAAAGUCGCCCUCCCCUCUAUAUUCUUCUUCAUUUUCUGCUUCUUUCCACCCAGUCGUCCUGUCUCUUGACCAUGCUAAAGCCCCCGAGCCGAUGUAGAGGGACACGUGUUGUGCUCCUUCUCUAACCAUUUUGGGUUCUCUUUUCCCUACGCCUUGUGUUCUCCCUCUUCAUCGCUUUCCAGUCCACUUGCACACCCUCUGUGUGAGUGAGUGUUUGUGUGUGUGUGUGCGUGUUUGCGGCUGUGUUGCUGUUCAGCCGGGUGUAGGUGAUGGCGGGUGGCAGUAAGAGUGGAGGGGGUGUGGCCGGCCCCUCUCCCCCGCCACACGCCUCGGUUCCACACCGACCCUUCCGGCCGAGCCGCUAUGUCCCCGUCUCCGCGGCGACUGCCUUCCUGGUGGGAUCGACCACACUCUUCUUCUGCUUUACGUGUCCAUGGCUGUCGGAAAAGUUCUCUGUUGCAGUACCCAUUUAUAAUGGAGUCAUCUUCCUCUUUGUGCUGGCCAACUUCUGCAUGGCCACCUUCAUGGACCCUGGCAUCUUUCCCAGAGCGGAGGAGGACGAGGACAAGGAGGAUGAUUUCCGGGCUCCCCUCUACAAAACAGUUGAGAUUCGGGGGAUUCAGGUGCGCAUGAAGUGGUGCUCCACCUGCCGUUUCUACAGGCCCCCACGCUGCUCUCAUUGCUCCGUCUGUGACAACUGUGUGGAGGACUUUGACCACCACUGCCCAUGGGUGAAUAACUGCAUUGGGCGCAGGAACUACCGGUAUUUCUUCCUGUUCCUGCUGUCGCUUACCACACACAUCAUGGGCGUGUUUGGCUUCGGCCUGCUCUUCAUCCUUUACCACACACAGGAGCUCGACCAAGCGCACUCCGCCGUCACUAUGGCAGUCAUGUGUGUGGCAGGGCUGUUCUUCAUCCCGGUGGCUGGCCUCACCGGCUUCCACAUCGUACUGGUGGCACGGGGAAGGACCACUAAUGAGCAGGUAACUGGGAAGUUUAGAGGGGGUGUAAACCCUUUCACUAACGGCUGCUGGAGGAACGUUUCACAUGUGCUCUGCAGCUCCCAGGCCCCAAGGUACCUGGGCAGGAAGAGAAAGUCUCUGGCAGUAGCUGUACAACCACCCUUCCUCCGGCCACAGCUCUCGGACUCGCAGCUCACUGCCAAGGUGCUCGAUAACGGUAUCUUAGGCGACAUGCACCGGUCUAAGAGUAGUUUGGAGAUGAUGGAGAGUCAGUCAGCUGAUGCUGAGCCACCACCUCCCCCCAAACCAGAGCUACGCUACCCUGGUCUCUCCAGAGGGCCCGGUAGCCACAGUGAAGAGAGCAGCCUGUUGAAUAAAGCUCCCCCCACGCCCACCAUGUACAAGUACAGACCUGCCUACAGCAGCCCAGGAAAGAACCACACCGCCCUCACCCACGCCUAUGCCAACCAGAUGAGUCGUGGGGACAGUCUGAAGGAGUCAUCUUCCCUGUUGCAGUCGAGCCAGCAGCCGGGCUACCGCUCCGAGCCCAGCCUGGACGGUGGGGUAGGGGAGCGGGGCGGAGGCUCUGAGAGGUCAGUGGGCUCUGGUGGGGGGGCAGCGGGCCCGGGCAUCCCUGGGUACUCCCUUGGCGGGCGCUCGUACCCCUCGUUCUCGGACGCCACGGCCCUGUCGGGUGGUGCCGGCGGGCCUUCUCGCUCUUCGUCCAGCGUGCGCUCGGGCCAGGCGGGCGCUGGCGUGGCCUCCGAGGCCACCACCUCCGCCAGCUACAAGAGCCUGGCCAAUCAGACGCCACCGGUGCCGCUCAACGGCAGCCUGUCGUACGAUAGCCUCCUCACGCCCUCUGAGAGCCCUGACCUGGAACCGAGCAGCACGGCGCCGGCCAGCUCGGCCGCCGCGUCGGAGCUGUCGCCGGGCCGCCCACGCACACCCGUGGCCCUGGGCUACAGCUCGCCGUACCUGUCAGCGCAGAUCGCACAGCAGCGGGAGGUGGAGCUGCACCAGCCGUCGGGGCUGCUGGGCUCUCCGCACCGCGCCGCCUACCUGCGCGCUGCCGCUUCCUCCUCUUCCUCCAGCAGCCCCCCGCCUCACGCCCCCCUGUCCCUGGACCCGCACCCCCACCACCACGCUCACCACCACCACCACUCGCACCACCACCCCCCGCCUGCGGCCCUGCCGUCUUCCACCUCCUCCAACGCUGCCUCAUCUGCCUCCUCGUCCGCUGGCCCUCACCACCACCACCACCACCAUCACCACCACCACCAUCACGGCCAGCGCGCCCCCCGCUUCUCACGCCCCCCGCUGCUGUCUGAUUCGGGCCCUCCCCCCGCCUACCCCUACCGCACACGCUCCACCGAGGCCCCCCCCAGCACCCACCCACCCCGCUCGCCUCACCCCCCGCCGCUGGGCAAGUCCCUGUCCUACUCCAGCGCGGCGGCCGCCGAAAUGCAGUACCGCAUGGUGCGCAAGGCCUCUGCCUCGGCUGGCGGCGUCGGGGCCGGAGGCGGCAUGGGGGGCAUCCAGGCUCCGAAGGACGAAAUUCAAAUGAAGUCCUACAGCCGAACUAAUGGCCAGCCCAAAUCAUCCCUCUCCCAAUCACCUGCCUCUUCGACCCCCUCCUCACCCUCCCAUCCAAUCAGUGUCUCCACCCGCCCUGGACAGGCCUAUCCCAGCACAGCUGCCACUCAGAGUCCCGCCCACAAGCCCGGGGGCGGGGUAAAGAAAGUGACUGGUGUUGGUGGAACCACUUAUGAGAUUUCAGUCUGAGUGACUUGAGUGACUAUGUUCCUCAGCCAGCAUCAAGAACAGACUCCCUGGAGCUGCUGGAACUGUAGUGAAACUCUAAUGUUAGGGGAGGGGUGGGACACAAGGAUGACAGUUGGUGGACAAAAAUAACCACACUUCUAGAGGAGGCCAUAACUUCUCUGAAUGACUUCUAUCACCCUCCUCCAAUCUCCCAACCCCUUCCCCAAAUCCCUCACGCUGCUGUGGACUCGAUCUCACCUUUCCAAUGUUGUUUUCCAAAGGAGGACUUUCCACAACCAAAAUGGCUGGGUUUUGCCAGCUCAGACUGUCAGCUGGAGUGUAAUAAUGACUAAUGUUUGAUGCGCCGACACUGGGAGCCAAUCACAGAUCGUUAGAGGCGGGUCUCCUUCAUCUGUCCUCCAAUGAGGUGUGACUGCUUUGACUGGGUUGCCUUUCUUAAACAUUCUACAAGAAACAAAAAAACAAGAAGAUUCCUUUAAUGUGUGUAAAAUGACUCCUCGUCUGGUCUGUACAAAAAGAAUUGGUUUGGGGAGGGGUUGUUGUUUUUUGCUCCCUUGGUUUUCCACCAGUUACAUGGGGACUUACUGGCAUGCUAUAGCCAUUUAGGACCACUGUGAUACUGGCUACUUGCCAUGAUGCCUCUGUGUAUUGACCAAUCAGUAGUGGAUGAACAGAAGAGCAAGGGCACACUAUUUGCAUUGAGCUUUGAGAUGGAACAGCCAAUGUCUGCUAGUGUUUUUUGGGGCAGUUGCCUGGUGAAUCAAGGAGAAAUAUUGUUUUAUUUUAUUUAAUUUUUAAAUGUUAUUUUAUAUGAAUUUAUAUAAAGCUAUUGAUAAGAUCAAUAUUUCCUCUUUUUUUUUUUUUUACAACGGCUGAUAUGAGAUUUUAAUCAGCACCGGAUUUUUAGCUAAUCAAAAAAAAAAAAAAAAAAAAAAAAACAGACCUUUGUUUAAUGGACUGGACCUUUCUGUCAUUUACAGAAGGUGAGCAUGUUGCCUCAAUCUAACAAAGGGUUUGAACACAGAUCUAGAUUUCAGCCAAUGGGGGGGAUUUCACCCUGGUGAUUGAUAUGUAGCAUUUUCAUGCAUUUGAUACAGAAACCCAUGCUGAUGUUGGGUUGUAUUUCCUGGAUUCGGUUGUAUACGUUUUGGUCUGCGCCUUGAAAGUAUGCAACUUGUCUUUUCCCCUUCCCUCAUUUUGCUUUUUUAUCUGCUGUCUCUCCUGUUGCCUUGUAGUCUUACUAGUCAGUUGGUAUUCAGCAGCUUACUACACAUGCUUGCAUCGCCAAGCCAUAGAGAGACAAGAGAACCAUAUUAGCCAGUCCUGAUUGGUUAUGGUUAGACCACUGUAAAAUACAUUCUCAUUUGGACUUUGAGAAUACAUUCUCAAACGGACUUUGAAAUCAGUUUGAGGGAGUAGUUUUCUUUUUUUAAUUUAAGCUCUUUUUUAUUUUCUCACAGUGAUUUGCAGGCAUUACGCAGGGCGCUAUAGAUCUAUCCAACAAUCGAUAGAAAAUACAGGAUUUGGCGUCCACAAAGUUGGACCUCGUGCACAUUGCCCCUUGAGAUAUCCAGGUGUUUGGACAGGUAAUAUGUGGCCAGUGGAUGCACCUGCCAGACAAGAUGGUGAAGAGAGUAGUCUGCAGGAAGGCAGGAACAUGGCAAAUAUGGGAGGGAAGUAUACUGUAUAGCUCAGUGUGGGUGGAUGUGUGUGUAUGUGCGUGUGGUUGAGAAUUGGUAAUAAAAAAUACUGUUUAUAAAAUGUUAA